GGAAGCGGGGGCGGUGGGGGGGCGGCAGCACCUAAGACGUCAACGCCUGCGAUGGCCGGACGCAAUGGACAGGAUCAACGUCGGUGCUGCCAGGAGACCGGCUGCACAACACCGCCAUCGUAUGGCAAAGCUCCCCGCAAGAAGGCCAAGUUCUGCCCGAAGCACCGCAAGCAGGGUAUGGUCAACGUUGACAAGAGGUGCGGCCAUCGAGGGUGUAGCAAGCGUCCGGGUUUCGGCAUGGACGGCAGCAGGCAUGGCUUCUGCAACAGGCACGCUCAGCGAAGAAUGGUGCAUCAAUUUGGUCGCAAAACAGAGGUCGCAGCUCGUGAUAUAGCUCGCCAUGUGCUGUUAUUCCAUUCGUCAACCACCGUUAAAUGAUGUGGAUUUCACGAUUGGUAAGUCCACAAGCGUCCUGCCCUCGUCGUGGUUUGGUGGUCCUGGUAUUUAUUGUUUUUUGUCACGGUACUAUCGUUUGGGCCAUGCGCUCAGGUAGCAAAGCAACGUCAACCGGCGCCAAAAUGACUGCUGUUCGCCCCGUUUAUUUCUUCGACUUUUACAAUGUCGGCAAGAAAGUGGUACACAAUACUGGUCAUGGUGGGGGUUUCACGUAA